AUGGUCCGAAGCUACAACGUUCAUAAACACAAUGUUAUAUUGCUCAAGCAGAUAUUUCAAGAGAAUCCUAACAUUGACAAAGCGUUCAAAUUUAAGAAUCCAUAUUUUCAGAGUGUCUUCAUGAACACAAUUGCCGAAUCCUAUCAUAGUAUAAAAAGUAAUCCAAGGAUUUUUGGGGCAAGAGACAUCAAAAAUAUGGAUGAAAUGGUGAAAGACAUGGAGUUUACUGGUUUGGAACUUACAUGGCUAAAGAAUAUGUUGACAGCGACCACUCAAAUGUUGAGGAAGAGAUUGCAGGAAGAGCAAAUGAGAGUGCAGGAAGAGCAAAUGAGAGUGCAGGAAGAGCUUCGCCAUCUAGAUCUAGUUGAGUUGGAUUACGACUGA